CGCCUUUGGCUUCUCCUCUCGCGUUUCCGCCGGUCCGCUUACCCGCUGGCCGCCCCCUGACAAGCGGGAGGGUUGCGGUGUGGACCCGGAGAAGCCGAGGCGACAGGCUGCCACCCCCUCUCCCCACUUGCCUGCACUCGGCCUCUCACGGGAAAGAGAUGCUGGUCGCAAGUUUUGGAAAACCGUAUUUUUUAUGGAACAGUGUUCUGUAAAAGUCUUGUAAGAUUCCUUGGCAAUAACACACUUGUGAUGGACUCUAGGAAUACUGCUAUGUUAGGAUUGGGUUCUGAUUCCGAAGGAUUUUCAAGAAAGAGUCCUUCUACCAUCAAUACUGGCACUCUGGCCAGCAAGAGAGAAAUAGAAAUAGAGAGUAACACGAAAGAAGAAGAGGAUCCGCGCAAGCGGAAUCGAGAAAGGAACAGUGAAGUAGGGAAAGAUGAUGGUUUGACUGAUGCACAGCAACAGUUUUCAGUGAAAGAAACAAAUUUCUCAGAGGGAAACUUAAAAUUGAAAAUUGGCCUUCAGGCUAAGAGAACUAAAAAGCCUCCAAAGAGCUUGGAGAACUAUGUGUGUCGACCUGCCAUAAAAACAACCAUCAAGCACUCAAGGAAAGCACUUAAAAGUGGGAAGAUGACAGACGAGAAGAAUGCACACUGCCCUUCAAAGUGGGACCCUUCAAAACUGUUUAAGAAAGCAGGUGAUGCUACAGCCAUGGAAUGCCAAUCUGAAGAAAGCAUUCAUCUUCAUUCACAGGGAGAAAAUAAUCCUUUGUCUAAGAAGCUUUCUCCAAUACAUUCACAAAUGGCAGAUUACAUUAAUGCAGCACCAUCUCUUGUUGGCAGUCGAGACCCUGAUAUAAAGGACAGAGCAUUACUUAAUGGAGGAACUAGUGUAACAGAAAAGUUGGCACAGCUCAUUGCUACCUGUCCUCCUUCCAAGUCUUCCAAGACAAAACCGAAGAAGUUAGGAACUGGCACUACAGUCGGAUUGGUUAGCAAGGACUUAAUCAGGAAACCAGGUGUUGGCUCUAUAGCUGGAAUAAUUCAUAAGGACUUAAUUAAAAAGCCAGCUCUUAGCACAGCAGUUGGGUUGGUAACUAAAGAUCCAGGGAAAAAGCCUAUGUUCAAUGCAGCAGUAGGACUGAUUAGUAAGGACUCUAUGAAAAAAUUGGGAACUGGCACUACAACGGUAUUCAUUAAUAAAGAUUUAGGCAAAAAGCCAGGGACUAUCACUACAGUAGGACUGCUGAGCAAAGAUUCAGGAAAGAAGCUAGGAAUUGGUAUUGUUCCAGGUUUAGUGAAUAAAGAGUCUGGCAAGAAAUUAGGACUUGGCACCGUAGUUGGACUGGUUAAUAAAGAGUUGGGCAAGAAAUUGAGUUCUACAGUUGGCCUAGUGGCCAAGGAUGUUACGAAGAAGAUUGUAACAAGUUCAGCAAUGGGACUGGUUAAUAAGGACGCUGGAAAGAAAUUAGUGAGUUGUCCUAUAGCAGGACUGGGCAGUAAAGAUGCCUUAAACCUUAAAUCUGAAGCACUGCUCCCCACUCAGGAACAACUUAAGGCUUCUUGUAGCACAAACAUCAAUAACCAUGAAAGUCAAGAACUUACUGAGUCCCUGAAAGACAGUGCUACCAGCAAAGCUUUUGAGAAGAAUGCUCUGCGGCAUAGUAAAGAAGGCAUGCUGGAGAAGUUUUCAGUCCGAAAAGAAAUUACUAAUUUGGAGAAGGAAAUGUAUAAUGAAGGAACAUGCAUUCAGCAAGACAAUUUCUCAUCCAAUGAUAGGGGAGCCUUUGAGACCUCAAAGCAUGAAAAACAACCUCCUGUAUAUUGCACUUCUCCAGACUUUCAAAUGGGAGGUGCCUCUGAUGCGUCCAUAGCUAAGUCUCCCUUCGGUGCAGUAGGAGAAAGCAAUCUUCCUUCCCCAUCACCGACUGUAUCUAUUAAUCCUUUAAGCAGAAGUCCCCCCGAAACUUCUUCACAGUUGGCUCCAAACCCAUUACUUUUAAAUUCUACAGUAGAACAAAUGGAAGACAUUUCUGAAUCUAUUGGAAAGAACCAAUUUUCAGCAGAAAGUACUCACUUGAAUGUUGGUCAUAGGUCAUUAAGUCAUAGCAUAAGUAUUGAAUGUAAAGGAAUUGAUAAAGAAAUCAAUGAAUCAAAAAAUGCACAUCUAGAUAUUGCUAGAAUAAGUUCUUCCUUGGGAAAAAAGCCAAGUUUGGCUUCUGACUCUGCUAUUCAUACGAUUACUCCUUCAGUUGUUAAUUUUACUAGUUUAUUUAGUAACAAACCUUUUUUAAAACUUGGUGCAGUAACUGCAUCAGACAAACACUGCCAGGUUGCUGACAGCCUAAGCACUAGUUUCCAGUCAAAGCCAUUAAAAAAAAGAAAAGGAAGAAAACCUCGGUGGACUAAAGUGGUGGCAAGAAGCACAUGCCGGUCUCCAAAAGGACUAGAAUUAGAAAGAUCUGAGCUUUUUAAAAACGUCUCAUGUAGCUCACUAUCAAAUAGUUCUGAGCCAGCUAAGUUUAUGAGAAAUAUCGGAGCAUCAUCUUUUGUCGAUCAUGACUUCCUUAAACGCCGGUUGCCAAAGUUGAGUAAGUCUACAGCUCCAUCUCUCGCUCUCCUAACUGACAGUGAAAAACCAUCUCAUAAAUCCUUUAUUGCCCACAAACUAUCCUCCAGUAUGUGUGUCACUAGUGAUCUUUUGUCUGAUAUUUAUAAGCCCAAAAGAGGAAGACCUAAAUCCAAGGAAAUGCCUCAGCUAGAAGGUCCACCUAAAAGGACUUUAAAAAUACCUGCCUCUAAAGUUUUUUCUUUACAAUCUAAAGAAGAACAAGAACCCCCAAUUUUACAGCCAGAAAUUGAAAUUCCUUCUUUCAAACAAAGUUUGUCUGUAUCUCCUUUUCCAAAAAAGAGAGGCAGGCCUAAGAGGCAGAUGCGAUCUCCAGUGACGACGAAGCCACCUGUGCUGUCAGUGGCUCCGUUUGUUGCCACUGAAAGUCCAAGUAAGCUAGAGUCUGAAAGUGAGAACCAUAGAAGUAGCAGCGAUUUCUUUGAGAGUGAGGAUCAGCUUCAGGAUACAGAUGACUUAGAUGAUAGUCAUAGGCAAAGUGUCUGUAGUAUGAGUGACCUUGAGAUGGAACCAGAAAAAAAAAUUAGCAAGCGAAACAAUGGACAAUUAAUGAAAACCAUUAUCCGAAAAAUAAAUAAAAUGAAGACUUUAAAGAGAAAAAAACUGUUGAAUCAGAUUCUUUCAAGUUCUGUAGAAUCAAGUAAUAAAGGAAAAGUACAAUCUAAACUUCAUAAUACAGUAUCAAGUCUUGCUGCCACAUUUGGCUCUAAAUUGGGCCAACAAAUAAAUGUGAGCAAGAAAGGAACCAUUUAUAUAGGGAAGAGAAGGGGCCGAAAACCAAAAACUGUCUUAAAUGGCCUUCUUUCUGGUAGUCCUGCCAGCCUUGCUGUGCUUGAACAAACAGCUCAGCAGGCAGCUGGGUCAGCAUUAGGACAGAUCCUUCCCCCUUUACUGCCUUCACCUGCUAGUAGCUCUGAGAUCCUUCCAUCACCUAUUUGCUCUCAGUCUUCUGGGACAAGUGGAGGUCAGAGCCCUGUUAGUAGUGAUGCAGGCUUUGUUGAACCUAGUUCAGUGCCAUAUUUGCAUAUGCACUCCAGGCAGGGCAGUAUGAUUCAGACUCUUGCAAUGAAGAAAGCUUCCAAGGGGAGGAGGCGAUUAUCUCCUCCUACUUUAUUGCCAAAUUCUCCUUCUCAUUUGAGUGAACUCACAUCCUUGAAAGAAGCUACUCCUUCCCCAAUUAGUGAGUCUCAUAGUGAUGAGACCAUUCCCAGUGAUAGUGGCAUUGGGACAGAUAAUAACAGCACAUCAGACAGGGCAGAGAAGUUUUGUGGACAGAAAAAGAGGAGACAUUCUUUUGAACACAUUUCUCUGAUUCCCCCUGAAACCUCUACUGUCCUAAACAGUCUUAAAGAAAAACAUAAACACAAAUGUAAGCGCAGGAGUCACGAUUACCUCAGCUAUGACAAGAUGAAAAGACAGAAACGAAAACGGAAAAAGAAAUAUCCCCAGCUCCGAAAUAGGCAGGAUCCAGACUUCAUCGCAGAGCUAGAGGAGCUAAUAAGUCGUCUAAGUGAAAUUCGGAUCACCCAUCGAAGUCAUCAUUUUAUUCCCCGAGACCUCCUGCCAACUAUUUUUCGAAUCAACUUUAAUAGUUUCUAUACACAUCCUUCUUUUCCCUUAGACCCUUUGCACUACAUUCGGAAGCCUGAUUUAAAAAAGAAAAGAGGGAGGCCACCUAAAAUGAGGGAGGCAAUGGCGGAAAUGCCUUUUAUGCACAGCCUUAGUUUUCCUUUAUCUAGUACUGGAUUUUAUCCUUCUUAUGGCAUGCCUUAUUCUCCUUCACCCCUUACAGCUGCUCCAAUAGGGUUAGGUUAUUAUGGAAGGUAUCCCCCCACUAUUUAUCCACCACCUCCAUCUCCUUCAUUCACCACUCCACUGCCACCUCCCUCCUAUAUGCAUGCUGGUCAUUUAUUGCUCAAUCCUACCAAAUAUCAUAAGAAAAAGCAUAAGCUCCUUAGACAGGAGGCUUUUCUUACAACCAGCAGGACUCCUCUCCUUUCCAUGAGCACCUACCCCAGCGUACCUCCCGAGAUGGCUUAUGGUUGGAUGGUGGAGCACAAACACAGACACCGUCACAAACACAGAGAACACCGUUCUGAACAACCCCAGGUCUCCAUGGACACUGGCUCUUCAAGAUCAGUCUUGGAAUCUUUGAAACGUUACCGAUUUGGAAAGGAUACUGUUGGAGAUCGAUAUAAGCAUAAAGAAAAGCACAGGUGUCACAUGUCCUGCCCGCAUCUGUCUCCUUCAAAGAGCUUAAUAAACAGAGAAGAACAAUGGGUUUCUCGAGAGCCUUCGGAAUCAAGUUCUUUAGCCUUGGGAUUGCAAACACCUUUACAAAUUGACUGCUCGGAAAGUUCCCCAAGUUUGUCCCUUGGAGGAUUUACUCCCAAUUCUGAGCCAGCCAGCAGUGAUGAACACAUGAACCUUUUUACAAGUGCAAUAGGCAGCUGCAGAGUUUCAAACCCUAACUCCAGUUGCCGGAAGAAAUUAACUGACAGCCCUGGACUCUUUCCUGUACAAGAUACUGUACUAAAUCGGCCUCAUAGAAAGGAACCCCUGCCUUCCAGUGAAAGGGCAAUACAGACAUUGGCAGGUUCCCAGUCAACUUCAGAUAAACCUCAGCGCUCAUCAGAAAGCACAAAUUGUAGCCCUACCCAUAAAAGGUCUUCAUCUGAGAGUACUUCAACAGUGAAUGGAAUUCCCUCCAGAAGUCCCAGAUUGGUUGCUUCUAUUGCUUCUAUGGAUGAUUCUGUAGACAGUCUGUUGCAUCGGAUAGUACAACAUGAUGAGCAAGAGUCCGUGGAGAAAAAUACCGAUGCCUCAAUUACAACUGUGUCUGUACCACCUUCCUCCAGUCCAGGUCAUAACUACAGCAAAGAGCGAGCCCUAGGUAAAUCAGACAGUCUUCUAGUGCCUGCCGUCCCAAGUGACUCUGGUAAUAACAAUAUCCCACUCCUUUCUGAAAAGUUAGCAAGUAGAUGUUCCCCCCAUCACAUCAAGAGAAGUGUAGUUGAAGCUAUGCAGCGCCAAGCUCGGAAAAUGUGCAAUUAUGACAAAAUCUUGGCCACCAAGAAAAAUCUGGACCAUGUCAAUAAAAUUUUAAAAGCCAAAAAACUUCAAAGGCAAGCCAGGACAGGGAACAAUUUUGUGAAACGUAGACCGGGUCGACCUCGGAAAUGUCCCCUACAAGCUGUGGUAUCAAUGCAAGCAUUCCAGGCUGCCCAGCUUGUCAACCCAGAACUGAAGGAAGGCGAAGGGGUGGCGCUGCACCUAAGUCCAGACACAGUCACUGAUGUGAUUGAGGCUGUGGUUCAGAGUGUGAGCCUUACUUCAGAGCACAAGAAGGGGUUGAAGAGGAAAAGUUGGCUGUUAGAAGAACAGACUAGGAAAAAACAGAAGACAGUACCAGAGGAAGAAGAACAAGAAAACAAUAAAAGCUUUGUAGAAGCACCAGUUGAUAUCCCCAGUCCUCUUGAAACCCCCGCUGAACCUUCUGAACCUAAAACUACCUUGCAACCUGUGCUGGCUCUCAUCCCACGGGAAAAGAAAGCCCCACGUCCUCCAAAGAAGAAGUACCAGAGAGCUGGGUUAUAUUCUGAUGUUUACAAAACUACGGACCCAAAGAGCCGAUUAAUCCAAUUAAAGAAAGAGAAGUUGGAAUAUACUCCAGGAGAGCAUGAAUAUGGAUUAUUCCCAGCACCAAUUCAUGUUGGAAAAUACCUAAGACAGAAGAGAAUUGAUUUCCAGCUUCCCUAUGACAUCCUCUGGCAGUGGAAACACAACCAGCUAUACAAAAAGCCAGAUGUCCCCCUGUAUAAAAAAAUUCGUUCAAAUGUCUACGUUGAUGUCAAACCACUUUCUGGUUAUGAGGCUACCACCUGUAAUUGUAAGAAGCCAGAUGAUGACACCAGGAAGGGCUGUGGGGAUGACUGCCUCAAUAGAAUGAUCUUUGCCGAGUGCUCACCUAACACUUGCCCCUGCGGUGAGCAGUGCUGUAACCAGAGGAUACAGAGGCAUGAGUGGGUGCAGUGUCUGGAACGGUUUCGAGCAGAGGAAAAAGGUUGGGGAAUUAGAACCAAAGAACCCCUGAAAGCUGGCCAGUUCAUCAUAGAAUACCUCGGGGAAGUUGUCAGCGAACAAGAAUUCAGGAACAGGAUGAUUGAACAGUAUCAUAAUCAUAGUGACCACUACUGUUUAAACCUGGAUAGUGGGAUGGUGAUUGACAGUUAUCGAAUGGGAAAUGAGGCCAGAUUCAUCAACCACAGCUGUGACCCAAAUUGUGAAAUGCAGAAAUGGUCUGUUAAUGGAGUGUACCGUAUUGGACUGUAUGCGCUUAAGGAUGUGCUAGCUGGGACCGAGCUCACCUAUGAUUAUAACUUUCAUUCCUUCAAUGUAGAAAAACAGCAACUUUGUAAAUGUGGUUUUGAGAAGUGUCGAGGAAUCAUCGGAGGCAAAAGCCAAAGGAUGAAUGGACUCACUAGCCAUAAAAACAGCCAACCUAUGAGCACACAUAAGAAGUCUGGCCGGUCGAAAGAGAAGAGGAAGUCUAAGCACAAGCUGAAGAAAAGGAGAGGCCAUCCCUCUGAAGAGCCCAGUGAAAACAUCAAUACCCCAACAAGAUUGACUCCACAAUUACAGAUGAAACCAAUGUCCAAUAGAGAAAGAAACUUUGUAUUAAAGCAUCAUGUGUUCUUGGUCCGAAACUGGGAAAAGAUUCAUCAGAAACAGGAGGAAGUAAAGCACACUCGUGAUAUUCACUCAGCUUCGCUGUACACCCGUUGGAAUGGCAUCUGCAGAGAUGAUGGGAAUAUUAAGUCUGAUGUCUUCAUGACCCAGUUCUCUGCCCUGCAGACAGCUAGAUCUGUAAGAACAAGACGCUUGGCAGCUGCGGAGGAAAACCUGGAAGUGGCUCGGGCAGCUCGCCUAGCACAGAUCUUCAAAGAGAUCUGUGAUGGUAUCAUCUCUUACAAAGAUUCUUCCCAACAAGCCCUUGCAGCUCCACUUUUGAAUCUCCCCCCAAAGAAAAAGAACGCUGACUAUUAUGAGAAGAUCUCUGACCCCCUGGAUCUCAAUACCAUAGAAAAACGGAUCCUCAUUGGGUAUUACAAAACAGUGGAAGCAUUUGAUGCUGACAUGCUCAAGGUCUUUCGAAACGCUGAGAAGUACUAUGGGCGUAAAUCCCCAAUUGGGAGGGAUGUUUGCCGCUUACGGAAGGCCUAUUACAAUGCCCGGCAUGAGGCAUCAGCUCAAAUUGAUGAGAUUGUAGGAGAAACAGCAAGUGAGGCAGACAGCAGUGAGACCUCAGUCUCUGAAAAAGAUAAUGGGCAUGAAAAGGAUGAUGAUGUCAUCCGAUGUAUCUGUGGCCUCUAUAAGGAUGAAGGCCUCAUGAUCCAGUGUGACAAGUGCAUGGUAUGGCAGCACUGUGACUGUAUGGGUGUGAACACAGACGUGGAGCACUACCUGUGUGAGCAGUGUGACCCUCGACCUGUGGACAGGGAGGUACCCAUGAUCCCUCGGCCCCACUAUGCCCAACCUGGCUGUGUCUACUUCAUCUGUUUACUCCGAGAUGAUUUGCUGCUUCGUCAGGGUGAUUGUGUGUACCUGAUGAGGGACAGUCGGCGCACACCUGAUGGCCAUCCAGUCCGACAGUCCUACAGACUGUUAUCACACAUUAACCGAGAUAAACUUGACAUCUUUAGAAUCGAAAAGCUUUGGAAGAAUGAAAAAGAGGAACGGUUUGCCUUUGGUCACCAUUAUUUCCGCCCCCAUGAAACCCACCACUCUCCAUCCCGUCGGUUCUAUCACAAUGAGCUAUUUCGGGUGCCACUCUAUGAGAUCAUUCCCUUGGAGGCUGUAGUUGGGACCUGCUGUGUGUUGGACCUUUAUACAUAUUGUAAAGGAAGACCCAAAGGAGUAAAGGAACAAGAUGUAUACAUCUGUGAUUAUCGGCUUGACAAGUCAGCACACCUAUUUUACAAGAUCCAUCGGAAUCGAUAUCCUGUCUGCACCAAACCCUAUGCCUUUGAUCAUUUCCCCAAGAAGCUCACUCCCAAAAGAGAUUUCUCAGUUCUCACUGUACCUGGAACUAAUAACCAGCAAACUCCAGUAAUCCUACUGUCUUUGCCCCAACACCCAGCACUGGACCACAACCUGCUUCUUUAUGUGAGUACUGAGGAUUUGAACUCAGCUCCUCAUGCUUGUAUGCCUCAUUAUGUCCCUGACAACUACAAGAGGAACGGAGGGCGAUCAUCCUGGAAGUCUGAACGCUCAAAGCCACCCCUGAAAGACCUAGGGCAAGAGGAUGAUGCUUUGCCCUUGAUUGAAGAGGUACUGGCCAGUCAGGAGCAAGCAGCCAGUGGGGUGCCCAGCCCUGAGGAGCCGGAACAGGAAAGAGUCACUGCCGACACCAGUGACAGUGGAAAGAAACCAGAGGAAAGUACUCCAGAGCCCCAGUUAGCCAGCACACCUGAGGAGCGGAAGCACAGCCAGCGGGAACGGCUCAACCAGAUCUUGCUCAAUCUCCUUGAGAAAAUCCCUGGGAAAAAUGCCAUCGAUGUGACCUACCUUCUGGAGGAAGGGUCCGGCAGGAAACUGCGAAGGCGCACUUUGUUUAUACCAGAAAACAGCUUUCGGAAAUGACUCUCAAAGGAAUGAGAACUUGGAGCAUCUGGGAUCCAAUGAAGCCAACAAGUCCCGUCUCUUGCUCUCUAAGUGUGAACAGGGGCGGCAAAAUUCCGUCCAGGCAAGGGGAGAGCAAUCAUGUCUUUGACAUUAGGUACUUACAAACCUUCGAGCUAGUGGAGAGGGAGAGGAAGUAGGCUUGUCUGAGGCAAUUGAGUUUACUUCUCCUCUUGAUGGCUUUACCUCACGGUUACUGUAGAGAGGAGUCCCACACUGGGAGUAGCCAGAAGCUGAUGGGACUUUACAGCACUUGAUACUCCUCGGUUUGGGUUUUUCCAGGCUGCCCUCUGACCCUGCAGGCACUAAGAAUGCUGCUUCCUCUGACCAGGUAUAAAUUCAGACUCAAAAGGGAGGGCCUGGAUCCCAGCCCUACCCCAUUUAUUCUCUUAGCUCUAAGAGCUGUAUCAGAGACCUGAAACAGAUACUGUAGUGGGCCUCUCCUAUGUUCCUUGAUCAGGAAAGUUCUCUCUUCCUUCUUACCCAGCCAGGUCAAAGUAGUAGAACAUGAAUUGAUUGCUCGAAGCACUUAGAACUAACUGCUGCCACUCUCCAUACCUCUACUCCCCAAAAUAGAGUCAAUAGAACCCUGGGGUAGCAGAGGCCCCAUGGGGUCAGAAGGGCAGGGUUUGUAAUUAUUUUUGUUUUACCCCUCAUAACCUGCCCAAAGUAUUUUUUUCUGAGAAAGCCAAGCCCCCGCCAGCACACAUGCUGCUUCUCUUCCUGUGUGUCUGCUGUGCAAAAAGAUUUACUUCAAAAAACAAAACAAACAAAGAACAUGUAAAACUACAUAAAAACUCUAAAACUUCUCCUCUAAUGAAACUCACUACAAAACUGUUGAGCAGUGUUCACUGUCAGAGUGUUGGUUCUAGAUUACCAAUUGAUGAAAACACUACUCUUAUUUUCUUAUUGUAUAGUUUCCAGUGUCUGUCUCCUCACCACGGGUUCCAUCUCCUUCCACCUUUUUGAAUGACAUCAUCAGGAGGUAUAUCCAGGGUCUCCUUCCCUCCCAGUCUCUUGACCAGAAGUUCAUAAACCAUACUGUCUUCUUCACAAGUAAAAUUCAAAAAGCUUUGCUUUGUCUUCUUAGACAUACAUAUGCAUAUACAUUUUAGAUGUUCUUAUAAGAGAAAACAUGGUUUUUAAAUGUGCCAAGUUUGUGUGUGUGUGUGUGUGUGUGUGUGUGUGUGUGUGUGUGUGUGUACUGUGAGAUUGGUAAGCAAUACAUUAGUAAACACAUCCUCAUUACUCUUUUCUGAUGCUGGACCAAUGAUGUCCUAACUGUACAUUUCCUUCCCCUUAUGAUGACGACGCUCUGACUCAUUUAGGUAGAAACAUUCUUUCAUUCCAUUGAUUUUCUUUUUCUCCUUUCUGUGUUAUUCUUAAGGGAAAAAAAAGAGAGGAGGGGGAUGCCAUAAAUCCCCUUGAGCAGAGAAAAAGCAAAAUAUUUUAUUAAAGAAAUAAGAGAAAUUAAGAAAAUAGUUUGGAGUAUUUUCUUACUGUAGAGAAGCAUUGUACAUUACCACGAGACCUGGGUAUAAGAUACUCAUGUGUGGAGCUGGGGAUCGCAUGUCCAAGCCCAUCUGAGUGGUUUCUUUUGUUUCUCGUUGCAGGGAGCGGGUGGGAGGGAGGUAGGACUAAGGGCACUUUGAGGGUCUCCUUUUAGUCAAAAGCAAGAAAAUGACAAGAAAGAGCUUAAAUUCAUUGUUUUCCUUUAAUAGUGUUAAACACUAAAAUUUUAAAAAAGAAAAAACUUUGUAAAAUGUAAGAACAGAAGCAAAAGACACUACGCUGUCAUUUUAUCUUUCUUUUGUUGAAAGAUUAAAAACCGAAAUGUUUUUAGACAAUCAAAUGUUAGGUAAGUGCAAAAACUUGUUUUUCUUACUGGUGUAGAAAUUAAUGCCUUUUUUAUUUUUCAGUUAUUUUAUAAUAACAAAAUAAAAACAACCCCCCCCAGCUGCCAGGUGGGUUUGGUGUUUGAAAUGCGGGGCAAAGCACUACAUCACUGCAAAUAGAUACAGAGUUAGUCUGCAUGUCUGUAGGCUGUGUGAUUGCGGAAAAUAUAAAUGCUGCUAAUAUAUUUCCUUUUUACAGAAAAGCAUAUCUAAAUAGAUGAUUGUUUUGAUGUUAAUCUUUGUAAAUUAUGUAUUACCAAUUUUAACAUUGGAUGUAAUUGCAUAAAGGCUUGCAUCUCAAUCCUUGAAAGUCUAGCAUUAAAUGGAAACGACUUUUCCUAA